CGCCCCGGGCCGCCGCGGGCCGGAGGAAGAGCCCCCGGCCGCGGCCGCCUCGGGUGCACCGCCGCCACGGGGCGACGAGGAGGAGCCGGACAGCGCCCAGGAGAAAGGCAAGAGCUCGGGCCCCAGCGCCAGGAAAGGCAAGGGGCAGAUCGAGAAGAGGAAGCUCCGGGAGAAGCGGCGAUCCACCGGCGUGGUCAACAUCCCCGCCGCAGAGUGCUUGGAUGAGUAUGAAGAUGAUGAAGCAGGGCAGAAAGAGCGGAAACGAGAAGAUGCAAUUACACAGCAGAACACAAUGCAGAACGAAGCUGCAAGCCUACCAGAGCCAGGCAGUUCCUACCUGCUACAGGAGCCAUCUAGAACAGUUUCAGGCAGAUACAAAAGCACAACCUCUGCCUCUGAAGAAGAUGCCUCAAAUAGAUAUUCUCGAACAGAUAGAAGUGGAUUCAAUAGAUACAACAGGGAUGCAAAUGUUUCAGGUAGUUUGGUCUCAAGUAACACGUUGGAAAAGAAGAUUGAAGACCUUGAGAAGGAAGUAGUAAGAGAAAGGCAAGAAAACCUAAGACUUGUGAGACUGAUGCAAGAUAAAGAAGAAAUGAUUAGAAAACUCAGAGAAGAAAUUCAUUUAUUAAAUAGAGAUCUAGAUGACAUUGAAGAUGAAAACGAACAACUAAAGCAAGAAAACAAAACUCUUUUGAAAGUUGUUGGGCAGCUGACAAGGUAGAAGAUUUGAGGCUCAUUGUGGAAAAAAAUGUAUUAAAACUACUGAUUGAAUGUUAUGGUCAAUCCUAGGACAAUAUUCCUAUGCUGCAAUACAUUAAAAUAAUUAAGUAUGUAUAUUUAUUUCUAGAAAAUGGAUGGAUGUUUAUUUUCAAAAUAUUUCUUUUUCAUUAAUAAUUACAAAAAAGCAUCAACCUUUAUUUCACAAAUAAGUAACAUCUUGCAAUUAUUAAAAUGAUGGGUAAUGCCUCUUUUGGUUUUGUGUGGUAUUCAAAUAAUAUAUGGUUUAAAGUCACAACCAUUUGAAUAUAUUUUAUCUGUGGUAGUGCAUUUUCUCCCUGAAGGAAUAUACACUUAGCCUUUGUUUACAUGGAUUAAAAUACUUUUGGGGAGUUACCUACAAAUGCGUUGUUACUAGUGUGUGUGGCCUCUUACAUGUUGGUGACUUAUUCGUAAAAAGGUCUCUGUCCUGUCAUUUGUUCUUUUCACUUAACUCUAAGCAAUUUUAGGCAGUAGUGUCACAUCAUUUUAUAUUACAGUAACCUUUUAAAAGGAAAACUAUUAUAAAAACUCACUAUCAUGUUCUAGUUGGCUGAAUAUAAAUUUAAUACUUGAAUUGUGCUGUCGUAAAUGGAAAUUUACAAUUUUUGUGUUAGAAUAUUAAAUUUUUUUAAAUCACUUUAAUUUCUGGGAAACAUACAGUUGUAAUUUUAAUAUAAAAGUCUUUAUAUAGGUACUAUCUUUUUUAUUGUUCUGAGAUUUAUUAGUAAACAUGGGCUAUUUUAAGUGUUUAUUCUUCAGGCCUGGAAAGCAUAUGCAAUGUCAAUGUAUAAGAAAAAAAUCUGUAUUUUUAUUAUAUGCAUUAAAAUCAAAACCAGAAUAUCCACUUAAAACAUUUAUACAUAUAUUAACCAAACAGUAUAAAAACAGAAAUAGUACUAAAAUACUUUGCCUAACUUCUAAGUUGGAGAGUAACACUGUGACAGUUUUUCUUAUGUGAGAGAUCAUUUCCCUAUUCCUUUCUAAUUCUGAAAUUUUUCAAACAAUUAUUUUUGAAGAAUUAUACACAUUUUCUUUUCUAUCAGAUGUCCUUAGUAUUUAGGGUUGUUUAUUAUUGCAUUUUCAUGUUAAGAACCCUCACCCUUUUAAAAUACAUCAGGAAAUGUCUGCAAGGUAGUCGAAUCCCUAACAGCAAUACUGCUACCACUUUAUCCAAUUAACGAAUGACAGUGGCGUGAAAGGAGUAAAAUCACUUGGUACUCUCCAGACGUUUUAUUUGCCAAGCACUUCAUUAUUCACUGUUACAAAUAUAGGAAAUGUACGACAGUUGGCGAAAAUGAUAGAUCC